AUGGCUGGUAACCGCGAAAACAGCUCACCAUUCUCCCGGGGCCUCUUUAGGCAAUUCAUUGCCUGCCUAGGACUCUCUAAGGGUCGAGACAGCCAAGUCAAACCCUAUCCACCAUCUCAAGCGAACGCGGAAGAGCAGUUAGAAGCAAGGGAGAAAUACAUUAUCACACCUGGCAGAGGCUGCACUUGCAACGAAACCAUCAGCUCGCGACACCGCAAGACCAAAAACAUGCAACAUACGCCUUGCAGUACCACAGGGUUGUCCAUUGGAGCAGAAGAUACAAAUAGAGAGGUCAGAGCUCCUUAUACUCCAAUCCAGCAUGAAGGAGGCUCUAAUGUCUGUGCCCAUUUGCAGGACAUGCGAGUAACCAAAGUGAUUAGCAUCCACUACAAGGAAUGCGAUUUGAAAACAGCAACAUUAUGCAUUGAACUUGACGUGAACGGCUGGAGAAGGUUGUACUGGCAAGAAUACCAGGAUUUAAUUGAAACCCCAGGAGCAAAGAUUACGAUUGAAAGGUUUAGGCCAUCAUGGAGAUACUAA